AUGCACCUCCCUGGUUAUUCUGGAUCUUAUGUGCAAGGAGAGCCAGUCUUGAGUAUCUAUGGGUAUAUGCAAUCUGGAGAUGGAGAAUGUGCUGAUGUGGAGGAGCUUCAGUCACCUGGUCCAAAAAGAGGUGUGGAGGCAGUAUUCAAGAGCCUGAUGGAGGCCCCCAAGAGCGAGGUGAGGAAGUGGGUCGGUGCUCUGGUGCAGCGAUACAAGGAGGGAAGCGAUGUCAAAGACGAGGAGAAGGGCGUGCAGGACUUGGCUAUCAUCUUGGAUAGCCAGUUCCUGGGAGACAUCGGCAUCAUGUGUGUCUUCGUCCUCAAUGUCCUCCACUUGAACCCGGGUGAAGCCGUUUUCCUCAAGGCAAACGACCCGCAUGCAUAUAUUGAUGGUGUUAAUGUGCGGUUGGAAGAAAUAGGUAUUCUUGCCCAGCAGAAGGCGGCAGGCAUCUCGGCAAUCCUCUCGGACAAAGCACCUGUCACCGAGGCUAUGUUUGGCGUGAAUGGGUUCAAUGAUGGCAAACCUGCCAACAACAAGCAGAGGGCUAGCCAGUCCAAAUCCUCUUCUUGA